CAGGAAGUGAGGUGUAACUGCUGAAUAAGCUUCCCACCAGUGUGAAUAGGGCAAAUAUAUCACAUACUAAUAUGAGCGAGGAGUGUGAAGACAUCUGAGGUUUAGCAGAGGAUUCUGGGAUGAUUGUGAGAGGCUGAGAUCAUCACUUCCCAUGGAAUCAGCUGUCAGCACACAUAUCCCGUCCUAAUAAAGUCAGAGGGAGUCCGAACCUGUAUUUACUGCUGAUGAACAUGGAGCGAAACGCUGGGAAACCCAUCCCAUCAGAGUGCUGACCUGUCGACCAGGCCUUGAAGUGAUGUUUUACUAGAGCGGUUCACUGUAACACAGCCUGUGCGCUUUAAUAUUCCUCACGGAUCUGCUCUUCUCGUGCCGUGCUGAAGAGAGCGGCGUUUCCUGUCAAAUAGCUGCUUUUCUCCGUCCGAGCUUUCAGCAGUUAUCUCAGACACCUGAAUAUGAAGCUGCAUGUGCAGUUAGCCACAGAAGAGCGUGUCACAGUUCUCUGUCCAUAUAAACAGCAGUGCAAGGUCUGUCUGAGCUCACUUGAAGAUGUGGAUGGGACUGGAUGUAGUUUGCAGGUUGUUGCCUCUGAGAUUUGAGCUUCGACUGUUCUGUGAAUGGAGAUCCUGUUGCAUCGGUCUGAUUUCUCAUUGCAUCUACUUGUGAGAAACCGGACUCGUUUCAUCUCUGAACUGAGAAGAUGAGUGAAAGCCCUCUGAUGGAGUACGAGCUGCAGUCUCUGGCUCCUGUCUCGGGCCCCGGGGCCACGGCAGGGCUCCUGCUGGCUCUGGACACAGAGCAGAUCACGGCGCUUUGUUUCGUGGGACUCCUGCUGCUGUUUUUGGUGUUCCUGCUGGUGCGAUGUUUCCGGAUUCUCCUGGACCCCUACAGCAGCAUGCCGUCCUCAUCGUGGUCUGAUCCUAAAGACGGAUUGGAGAGGGGACAGUUCGAUUACGCACUGGUCUAGAAAUACAACAAUCUCACAAAACCUAUCAAGAACAUAUUUAACCUCCAAAUCU